CCAUUUUUAACUGAAGAUAAGAAACCCCCUCAAAAUAUAUCUUAAAGCCUUGAUGAAUCACAGCUAUAAGCCAAUGUUUCAUAAAAAUAGGGGUGAUAUUCAAAUAGGAUGUAGCCAAAAGACUCUUUUGAAUGUCUUAGAUAUGUCUUUAGAUACUCCUUUGAAUGUAUUAGAGACUACUGAUCGGGUUGGAUUUUUUAAUGAUAAAACUCAAUGA